AUGGCCAACCACAGGGCGAUGCAAGAGAUGAGCCGUCUCGAAGACCUGCAACUGCAGCGCGAGCUCAAGCAGAGCGUCCUUGAAUACAUCAUCGACAUGUACCAACCAGCCUACCCCAACAACAAUGGCUUCUCCAUCCUCAUCUGCCGCCACGUAUUUGACCGCUCCUCUUCCAUCCCCGCUGCUGCCGCCUUAGGCCGCCGCAACGAUAGAGCAGACGAGUUCAUCAUGAUCCGCGCGGUUACACUCAGCGAGCCCGGAACGAAGAAGUGGACGCUCGUGGCUGAGAGCAGCAGGGCGUGCUUCGGUAUCGUACCUGCGUUGCAAGAGUUUUCGAAAGACUUGGAGCGAGAGAUGGGAAAGAUGACAGCCUCGAUGACUGUAGGAAACAAGAGGCAGCGCAGUGACAAGGACGAGGGCUCGAACGAUCAAGGUGAGUACAUCUCAGGUCAUCAGCGCAAGAGGCAGAGAUAG